CUAAAACAUAUUUAUACAGUGCAACCAAACCAAACCAACCACCACAGAUAAAAACAGUACAUACAAGCAAGCGUCGUCAGGCAGGCCGGGUCAAUAUCAAUAGGGCAGGUAGGUACAGGGGAGCAAGCGGAGAUUGGUCGGGGUCACAGGCCAGGUUCAGCAGGUAGCAAGCAGCGUGGUACAGAGGGUCAGGCGAGGGAUGGUCAGGAGCGAGCCGGGAUCAGAGCAGGAGAAGUCAGCAGCAGCGUUCAGAAACAGGAUGCAGGACAGAAACAGGAUACAGGGCCCAGGACAAACACAACACCAAGGCCGAGUCUGCUGGGUCUGGCCA